UCGGUGCGCACGCAUGCGCGCUGCAGGACAGCCGUGACUAGACAUUCGGUCAUUGGAGCGGUGGAGGAGGGGGGGCGCUCGAGCCACGUCGGUGAAACAAAUCAACGCUUGAGGGCAGAUUACAAAGAGGGUGUCUGCUGCUCAUCUAGGAGCAGGAGAUCCAGGGCAAUGUCAACGCCGGAUCCUCCCAUGGGAGGCACCCCUCGCCCAGGUCCGUCCCCUGGCCCAGGCCCUUCACCUGGCACUAUGCUGGGCCCCAGCCCUGGGCCCUCUCCUGGUUCCGCUCACAACAUGAUGGGCCCCAGCCCUGGUCCACCCUCCUCCGGACACUCACAGCCAGGACCCUCUGGAUAUGGCACGGACAAUAUGCACACUCUGCACAAACCCAUGGAAACACUUCACGAGAAGAACUUGAGUGAAGACAGUCGCUUCAGUCAGAUGAAGGGACUAUCUAUGAGACAGGGCGGGCACAGUGGGAUGGGGCCCCCACCCAGUCCUCUGGACCAACACUCACAAGGCUACCAUUCUCCUUUAGGUGGCUCUGACCAUUCCAGCCCUGUCCCUUCAAAUGGACCCCCUUCUGGUCCUCUUUUGCCAUCAUCCUCUUCCUCCUCUUCCUCUGGUGGACCUGGCUCUACCACCACACCUUUAGAUGGCUCCAGUGGAGAUCAGCACUCACUGGGUCCCAGUAACCGGCCUGGCCCUGCAGGCAGUUCUGGACCUGGCCCUAGCCCAGGUCCCAGUCUUGGCUCUGGUGUCCCAAGCCUUGGUUCUGGCCUUGAAACUAACUGCCCAACUGGUCCUGGAGGGCAUGGUGGCCCAGGUGGCCCAACUCCAUUCAACCAGAACCAGCUUCACCAACUCAGAGCACAAAUCAUGGCUUAUAAAAUGCUGGCCCGAGGGCAGCCCCUGCCAGACCAUCUCCAAAUGGCUGUCCAAGGAAAAAGGCCAAUGCCAGGGAUGCAGCAGCAGCCCAUGCCCAGCCUGGCUCCUGGAGCUGGAGGAGGUCCAGGAGGUGGCCCAGCAGGACCAGGCCCUGGGCCAAUGGGCUCAGGCUACAGUCGAGCUCAUGGAAUGAUGGGUCCCAAUAUGCCUCCACCAGGCCCAUCAGGUACUCCAGCUGGCAUGCAGGGACAAAACCUCAAUGGACCUCCCAAAUCCUGGCCUGAAGGCCCCAUGGUGAAUGCAGCAGCUCCCUCCAAUGCACCCCAAAAACUGAUUCCCCCCCAGCCCACUGGGCGGCCCUCUCCUGCUCCCCCUUCAGUUCCCCCAGCUGCCUCCCCAGUAAUGCCCCCACAAACCCAGUCUCCCGGGCAGCCGGCGCAACCAACUCCUAUGUUGCCUUACCACGCCAAGCAGAACCGCAUAACCCCCAUUCAGAAACCCUGUGGCCUCGACCCAGUGGAGAUAUUGCAGGAGAGGGAGUACAGGUUACAGGCUCGAAUAACCCAUCGCAUCGCAGAACUGGAGAACCUACCAGGUUCUCUGGCUGGUGAUUUACGUACCAAAGCUACUAUAGAGCUCAAAGCCCUCCGACUCCUUAACUUCCAGAGACAGCUGCGUCAAGAGGUGGUGGUGUGUAUGCGUCGCGACACAGCUCUAGAGACUGCCCUUGAUGCCAAAGCCUACAAGCGAAGCAAGCGUCAGUCUCUGAGAGAAGCCCGCAUUACAGAGAAGUUAGAGAAACAGCAGAAGAUUGAGCAAGAGCGCAAACGCAGACAGAAACAUCAGGAGUACCUCAACAGCAUCCUCCAGCAUGCCAAAGACUUCAAGGAGUACCAUCGUUCGAUCACAGGCAAAAUGCAGAAACUCACCAAGGCUGUGGCCACCUAUCAUGCCAACACAGAACGGGAGCAAAAGAAGGAGAAUGAGCGUAUUGAGAAAGAGAGGAUGAGAAGGCUAAUGGCUGAGGAUGAGGAGGGCUAUCGUAAACUGAUUGACCAGAAGAAGGAUAAGCGUCUGGCCUACUUGCUGCAGCAAACUGAUGAGUAUGUUGCCAACCUCACAGAGCUGGUCAGAGCCCACAAAGCUGCACAGGCCCUCAAGGAGAAGAAAAAAAAGAAGAAGAAAAAGAAGAAGUUGGAGAAUGCAGAGGGCCAGACUCCUGCCUUGGGGCCUGAUGGAGAGCCUCUGGAUGAGACCAGUCAGAUGAGUGACCUGCCUGUGAAGGUCAUCCAUGUGGACAGUGGAAACAUCCUGACAGGGGUGGAUGCUCCCAAAGCCGGUCAGCUGGAGACCUGGCUGGAGAUGAACCCUGGUUAUGAGGUGGCUCCCCGCUCAGACAGUGAAGACAGUGAGGAGGAGGAAGAGGAGGAGGUGGGUUGUAAUGAGGAAGAAGAGGAGCCUCAGCCUUCAGCAACUCAAGUCGAGGAAAAGAAAAAGAUUACAGACCCUGACAGCGAAGAUGUGUCCGAGGUGGACGUCAGGCACAUCAUUGAGAAUGCUAAGCAGGAUGUGGAUGACGAGUAUAGUGGUGCAGCGUUUGCUCGAGGACUCCAGUCAUAUUACUCAGUGGCUCAUGCUGUCACAGAGAAGGUGGAGAAGCAGUCCAGUUUGUUGAUAAAUGGACAGCUCAAACAGUAUCAGAUUAAAGGUCUGGAGUGGCUGGUUUCUCUUUACAACAACAACCUGAAUGGCAUCCUGGCUGAUGAGAUGGGUCUGGGAAAGACCAUCCAGACUAUCGCACUUAUUACAUACCUCAUGGAGCACAAACGGCUCAAUGGACCCUACCUCAUCAUUGUACCUCUUUCAACUCUUUCUAACUGGGUGUAUGAGUUUGACAAGUGGGCACCAACAGUUGUGAAAGUGUCCUACAAGGGGUCUCCUGCCGCCCGAAGAGCCUUUGUCCCACAGCUGCGUAGUGGCAAGUUUAACGUUUUACUCACCACCUAUGAAUACAUCAUCAAGGACAAACAAGUACUAGCCAAGAUCCGAUGGAAGUACAUGAUUGUGGACGAAGGCCACCGUAUGAAGAACCACCACUGUAAACUGACCCAGGUCCUGAACACCCACUACCUUGCUCCACGGCGUGUCCUGUUGACAGGGACGCCGCUGCAGAACAAACUACCUGAGCUAUGGGCGCUCCUCAAUUUCCUUCUGCCCACCAUCUUCAAGAGCUGCAGCACCUUCGAGCAGUGGUUUAAUGCUCCUUUUGCUAUGACUGGAGAAAAGGUGGACCUUAAUGAAGAGGAGACAAUCCUGAUUAUCCGUCGUCUCCACAAAGUCCUACGCCCUUUCCUGUUGCGAAGAUUAAAGAAGGAAGUGGAGGCACAGCUUCCAGAGAAGGUGGAAUAUGUGAUCAAGUGUGACAUGUCAUCUCUUCAGAGGGUGCUGUACAGGCACAUGCAGGCCAAGGGCGUCCUGCUCACUGAUGGCUCAGAGAAGGACAAGAAGGGUAAAGGAGGCACAAAGACACUGAUGAACACCAUCAUGCAGUUGAGGAAGAUAUGUAACCACCCGUAUAUGUUCCAGCAAAUCGAGGAAUCCUUCUCUGAACAUUUAGGAUUCUCUGGUGGAAUAGUCCAGGGUCCUGACCUGUAUCGGGCAUCAGGAAAGUUUGAGGUGUUGGAUCGAAUCCUGCCUAAACUCAGAGCCACAAACCACAAGGUGUUGCUCUUCUGUCAGAUGACCUCCCUCAUGACCAUCAUGGAGGAUUACUUUGCAUACCGCAAUUUCAAGUAUUUGCGUCUGGAUGGCACUACGAAGGCUGAGGACAGAGGAAUGUUACUGAAGACAUUCAAUGACCCAGAGUCAGAGUACUUUAUCUUUCUCCUGAGCACAAGAGCUGGAGGCCUUGGCCUCAAUCUGCAAUCUGCUGACACUGUCGUUAUUUUUGACUCUGACUGGAACCCACAUCAGGACCUGCAGGCUCAAGACAGGGCUCAUCGAAUUGGUCAACAGAAUGAGGUGCGAGUGCUGCGUCUCUGUACAGUCAACAGUGUUGAAGAGAAAAUCCUGGCAGCAGCUAAAUACAAACUAAACGUGGACCAGAAGGUCAUCCAGGCUGGCAUGUUUGACCAGAAGUCAUCCAGCCACGAGCGCAGGGCCUUCCUGCAAGCCAUCCUGGAACACGAGGAGCAAGACGAGGUCUGGGGUCAAGAAGUGUGUCUACGCAUGAAUGAGGAGGAUGAGGUGCCAGAUGAUGAGACGGUCAACCAGAUGAUUGCCAGGAGUGAAGAAGAAUUUGACCAGUUUAUGCGUAUGGACCUGGACCGACGUCGUGAGGAGGCCCGUAACCCACGGCGAAAACCUCGUCUGAUGGAGGAGGACGAGUUGCCUACGUGGAUCAUGAAGGAUGACGCUGAAGUUGAGCGACUCACCUGUGAGGAGGAGGAGGAGAAAAUGUUUGGACGAGGUUCUCGACAGCGAAAGGAAGUUGACUACAGUGAUUCACUGACAGAGAAGCAGUGGCUGAAGGCAAUAGAGGAGGGCACGCUGGAGGAAGUGGAGGAAGAGGUACGUCACAAAAAGACAACCCGCAAGAGGAAGAGGGACCGUGACCUGGAUCUCCCUGGUCCCUCAUCCUCCUCAGGAGGGCGCGGACGUGGCGACAAAGACGAUGAUGGUAAGAGGCAGAGGAAGAGGGGACGACCACCUGCUGAGAAACUCUCCCCAAAUCCUCCUGCCCUUACAAAGAAGAUGAGGAAAAUUGUGGAUGCUGUCAUCAAGUACAAAGACAGUGCAAGUGGCCGUCAGCUGAGCGAGGUGUUCAUCCAGCUGCCAUCUAGGAAAGAACUGCCAGAGUACUAUGAACUGAUACGCAAGCCAGUGGACUUCAGAAAGAUCAAGGAAAGGAUUCGAAGUCACCGCUACCGCAGUCUGGGCGACCUAGAGAGAGAUGUCAUGUUGCUAUUCCAGAAUGCUCAGACCUUUAACCUGGAAGGAUCACUGAUAUAUGAAGACUCCAUUGUGCUCCAGUCGGUGUUCACCAGCUUGAGGCAAAAGAUUGAGAAGGAGGAGGAAAGUGAUGGAGAAGAGAGUGAUGAAGAGGAAGAAGAGCAGGAGGAAGGAUCAGAAUCUGAAUGUAAGCAUGUCUCUCGCUCGGUGAAAGUGAAAAUCCGUCUGGGUAGGAAAGAUAAAAGUGGAGAUCGAGGGAAGGGGCGCAGCAGACGAACAGGACGCACCAGAGCCAAACCUGUUGUCAGUGAUGAUGACUCUGAGGAUGAGCAGGAAGAGGAGCGCUCCCCCAGUGCCACCGAUGAAGAGUCCUAAACUGUACUGUUAUGCUGAAGAGAAAAAGGCAUAAAGAGACAUUCCUCCAAAUCAAGUACCAUAUGUACAGUAAUCAAACAUGCCUCACCCAACUACAUCCACCCCCAGUCAAAUGCUGUUUGGAAAAAUAGAAAAAUGGGAGUCUGCAACACUGUAUGAACAGGUACAGGUCCGUGUUAUUAUUUGAUUAGACUUAUGGGUGUCCAGAAACUAUAAAAUACAGCUGCUAAUUAGGCUUUGUGUUAAUCUAUCCGCUGAGACUCAGUCUAAAAAAGACAUCAAAUUAGCUUUUGUUUUUAUUUGUGCAAUUUUAGGAGAGUGUCUUCACAGGUUUACUAAGAAUAGUGUGUAGUUAUAAUAAAGUACUUGAAAGAACCUAAUGUAUUAAGAGUAGCUCAAAAAAACAGCCUUGGAGUGAAAGAUGAGUCACUCUCUCAGUGAGUGUGAAAGAUAAGGAGAAAAUAUAUUAUGGAAUAUUUUAAACUUUUCCAACAUUAGUUUUUAAAGACAGUGACAACUUAUUAGAUCCUCCAAACAAAUGGACAAGCUCUGAAACAAGAAAACAUAUAGACUACUUAGACUAUUGAGGUUUCCUUUAUGUGGACAACCUCUAAAUAAAAAUGAAUACUUAAAGCUACAGUAUGCAACAGUUUUUCCCUUAAAAUGUCAGCAUGAAAAUAGUUUAGAUGGUAUACUGACUAAUGAUCGGGAAAGCGUAUGUGCCACUUCCCCUCCAAGAAAUCUGUUCUUGCAUCGGAAAAGACUUUACAAAUAUUACAAAUACCAUUAAUGAUGAGGAACUAAGUAUUUUAAACCGUGAUCCAAGGAGAGACAGAAACCACUGCUCUCUGUUGUGCUAACAGAUUUGAAAAGGAUAUUAGCAGCUAGGAGUUAGCUGUUGAACCAAGAGAUUUAGAAAGAUGAGUUAAGUUAUAUUGUACUAAGAUAUUGAACUAACAGCAGGGAGUGACACAAUAUGCUUCCCACAUUUCAGAUGCCCACAUGUCUGUGUCGGUGACCAGUAGAGCAGAUGGGUUGUACUGAGGUGAUGGUGUUAGAACAGCUGCGUUUGGUUCAAGAGCCCUUCAUCAUUCAAACUUAGAGCUCAGUUUAAUCACCAGAAUCCUUUAAUUACCACUUGUAGCCACAGAGGCUGCUGUUCAGCAGAACUUAUACAGUGUUACUUUCAUGGUCCCGAGCAGUAAGAAUUGGUAAACUUUAGCGUAGAGUGAAGUAAACGACUUUGAAUGUAAACUGAAAAUGUUUCCAAAUGUUUCCACAGCUGUGUUUCACCCAUCUGUGCAGCUACCACCUUACCUUAGCUUACAUCGUGGAUAUAAACAAACCUUAUAUUUCACCAGUUUGCUGAAGUGCUGUAACGUCAGCGAGCCACUCUGGAGACGCUGCUAUUGCCGACAUAUUUACACACGGUGUGUUUGUGACCGGGGCUCACUGUCUGAGUUGGAAAUCCAGCCUACUGUGGGCUCAGGGUGUUUCCAGACUUCUCAGAAGCUCUUAAGCAACUCACCAAAGUUAUUGGUGUUUUAAUGUAGCCAAGUCACUCUUCAAUAUUGUAUUUAUGUUGUAAAUGAAAAAAUGACCUCCUUCACUAUGCUGCUGCAUACCUGUUACACUUCCAUUUCUAACUGUUGAUUGUAGAUGUAAAGAAUUAUGAGGUUGUAAUUCAUUAAUUAAUUCAGUCAUUGUGUGGUGAUUUUCUGAUCUGAGAACUGUUUGAUCUACUUUGGCAUUUUUUUAGGUUGUUGAUUUCAAGACAAAGGACCAGAGGGACAGUGGCUCUCCUCUGCUUAUGUAUGCCUCUUGGCUAAAUGGUGUUGGAUAUACUGUAUACAGUAUUUUCUAGAGUAUAAUGUCAGUGCAUGUAUGUACAGCUUGCAAGUUCAGUACUGUACUUUUCUCAUUACUGUAGGUAAAUAGAGUGAACCAAAGCAUCAGUGUUUUUUCUUCACUAAAUUAUCUGGAUCUGUCUGUGCUGUGUUGUAUCAUUGUCACUGGAAAAAAAUAAAUGAAUCUUUGAAGAUG